GGCCGGCAGCAGCAGCUCAUGUUGUCCGCUCCGAGGGGGAGACCUUCCCGGGUGUCACCUUCAGCGGAGCGCCGGCGGAGGCUGGGAUGGACCAGGGGGCGUGUCCUAAGACGCUGGGCUCCUCCAAUCAGCUGCGGCUGCUGCUGCUCUACAUCCUGGUUCCCACCGUCAGCGGGGCGCUGUUGCUGCUGCUGCUGGGCCUGGCCCUGACAGGUAUUUUCGGCUCCGCCCCCCUGGACUCCAGGCCCCUCCCCUCGGACAGCAGCCAUGGUUACCAUAGCAACAGCACAUCGUCCCCGUCCAGCGCCUCGUUGUCCGAGAGGAUCCAGGUGGGACAGGUAGCGUCCCACAGUCAGAGCACACCUGCUGCUCCGCACGCCUCUCUGGCCCCGCCCACCCAGCCGGCCACCAGGCUUCCUGAUUGGCUGGCCUCAGUGACAUCACUGAGCACCGCCGGGCCGGCCAGCUCCACCUCGGCGCCAGACACAGGUCGGUGUCAGCUGGUCCUGGAGCCUCAGUGCCACAUGCUGCCCUACAACCAGACCUGGCUGACCUCCUCCUUCGCCGUGGUGAAGAGUUCAGAGGUCGACAUGUUGCUGAGGUUCUUCAGCUACCUCAGCAGACUGUCCUGCUACAGACACAUCCUGCUGUUCGGCUGUUCGCUGGCGCUGCCCGAGUGUUUGGAGGCCGACGGUACCAACAGCAGGAAGGUGGUUCUGCCCUGCGCGUCGUUCUGUGAAGCGGCCCGGGAAGGCUGUGAACCCGUCCUGCAGAUGUUCAACACCUCCUGGCCCGACUUCCUGCGAUGCUCCCAGUUCAACAAGAUGGCUUCAUCACCUUCAUCACCUUCAUCAUCCUCAUCAUCCUCAUCAUCCUCAUCAUCCUCAUCAUCUUCAUCAUCAUCAUCAUCCUCAUCACCUUCAUCAUCCUCAUCAUCCUCAUCAUCCUCAUCAUCCACAUCGCCCGUGGCGACCAGCGGCCUCACGCCUCCUGCCUGUUUCUCACCGCGUCAGAUCACCGGAAAACCCUCUGUGUGCGGCGGGAAGGACAACUUCCUGUGUGCGACUGGAAUUUGUGUCCCUCAGAAACUGGUGUGUAACGAUUACAACGACUGUGACGACUGGAGCGACGAGACACACUGUGAAUGUCCUGAUGAAGAGUUUCGGUGCAACACGGGUCGCUGCCUGAGUCCGGUUCUGGUCUGCGAUGGUUACGACGACUGUGGAGACCUGAGCGACGAACUGAACUGUGUGUGUGACCUGUCCCGGGAGCACCGCUGUGGGGACGGACGCUGCGUCUCCAGGGACUGGAUCUGCGAUGGAGACCACGACUGCCUGGACAAAAGUGAUGAGACCAACUGCUCCUGCAGGAGCCAGGGCCUGCUGGAGUGCAGGAACGGUCAGUGCGUUCCCUCGGCUUUCCGCUGCGACGGCGAGGACGACUGCAAGGACGGCAGCGACGAAGAGUUCUGCAGCCGGGAGCAGAACCCGGCCGGCUGCCUCCCCGGUCAGCCUGGCUGCAGUUCCUCCUCCUGUCCAGCGUGUGGAGCUGGUACCAUCGCCUGUGAUCCACGGAGCAACAACUGCUCGCGCUGUGAGCCCAUCACCCUGGAGCUGUGCAUGAACCUGCCCUACAACCAGACCAGCUUCCCCAACUUCCUGGGCCACCUGUCCCAGAGAGAGAGCUCCGUGUCCUGGGAGUCGUCCUUGUUCCCGGCGCUGGUCCAGACGGGCUGCUACCAGUACCUCAUGUUCUACGCCUGCACCCUGCUGGUCCCUAAGUGCGACCCGCUCAGCCUGCAGAAGGUCCCUCCCUGCAGGUCGCUGUGCCGCCACGCCAAGGAGAAGUGUGAGUCGGUGCUCGGCAUUGUGGGUCUGCAGUGGCCUGAGGACUCCGACUGCACCCAGUUCCCAGAGGAUGGAGGAAACUCCACCUGCCUGCUGCCGGAGGACGGAGUGGACGAGUGCUCCCCCAGCCACUUCAAGUGCCGGUCCGGCCGCUGCGUCCUGGCGACCAAGCGCUGCGAUGGACACCUGGACUGUGACGACCACAGCGACGAGGACAACUGCGGCUGCUCUGAGCGCGCUCUGUGGGAGUGUCCCGGCAGCACGCUCUGCAUCAAGCCCACCAUGAUCUGUGACGGCUUCCCAGACUGCCCCCUGCAGGUGGACGAAGCCAACUGCUCGGUCUGCAGGGACAACGAACUGGCCUGUAACAACCACCAGUGUGUUCAUCGGACCCUGUGGUGUGACGGGAAGAAGCACUGCUCUGACAGCUCCGACGAGUGGAACUGUGUGAACAGCUGUCAGCUGAUGGUUGAUCUCCGUCUCUGCAGUCUCUCUGUCGGAUCGGUCCGGUCUGUUCUGACCGUGUUUAAGACGGCAGCAGAGUAUCAGGUCUGUGCCGACGAGUGGAACCCGGACCUGAGCAACCUGACCUGCAACCAGCUGGGACUAGGGGCGCCGUCCUCGGUGUCCAUGGUACCUGACCAGCCUGGGGUACCGGGCCGUCGCCGUUGGUUACACGUCCAUCCAGACUGGAACCUCAGAAACGGUUCUGCUCUGCAGGCCCGACUGGAGAAGAGAAGCCACGCCUGCCACUCCAGGAGGAGAGUUUCGCUCCGAUGCUCCAGAGCAGAGUGCGGUCUGCGUCCGGCGCUGGCCCUCCGACCUCACAGGAGGACGGAUCCUGGGAGGCCGGGUGUCAAGGGCGGGGCGUGGCCCUGGCAGUGCUCGCUGCAGAGCGGCCAGAGCGGACACGUCUGCGGCUGCGUCCUCAUCGCCCGGCGCUGGGCUCUGACGGUGGCGCACUGCUUCGAGGGGAGGGAGAACGCAGAGCUGUGGAAGGUGGUUCUGGGCCUGACCAACCUGGACCACCCCGGCGCCCACAGUCAGACCCGCAGCGUUCGCUCCAUCGUCGUCCAUCCGCGCUACAACCGGGCGGUGGUGGACUACGACAUCAGCGUGGUGCAGCUGGACUCUGAGGUGGAGGAGACGGCCCACGUCAGGCCGGUGUGUCUGCCCCGCCCGGGUCAGCUGCCGACCCCGGACUCCUACUGCUACAUCACCGGCUGGGGUCACAUGGGCAACCGCAUGCCCUUUAAGCUCCAGGAAGGCGAGGUCCGCAUCAUCUCCAUGGCGCAGUGCCAGUCCUACUUCGACAUGAAGACUAUAACUCCCAGGAUGCUUUGUGCCGGCUAUGAGGCUGGAACCGUGGACUCCUGCAUGGGCGACAGCGGCGGCCCGCUGGUGUGCGAGGAAGACGAGGGUCUCCGCUGGACGCUCUUCGGCCUGACGUCCUGGGGCAGCGUCUGCUUCAGCAAGGUGCUGGGGCCCGGCGUGUACAGCAACGUGACCCACUUCACCGCCUGGAUCCAGCAGCAGAUCUACGUACACAGCUUCCUGUCCGACUGACGCCGGCAGGAAGUGAUGUCACUGCUGGCGUCAGACCGUCUGACUGUGCCUGAAACCACAGAACCAGAACCAGAACCUCUGCAUCCGUCACACUGGACCACAUCACACAGAAACAUUCAUGUUUUCAUUUCCAACCAGUAAAUGACGCCUGGUCCCACUUCUUUAUUUUUAUAAAUGUAAUCUGGUUUAAAGUCCAGCAUAAACGUCUCUGUGGUGUUUAAAUAAUAAAUAACUUCAAACAGAAACUCAGAGGGAAAAACAUCCAUUUAGACCUUGAAGAUCUUUUAACUGUAUAAUUUUCUUUCAAUAGAAAUUUUAUUUCUGUUAAGAUAAAAAAAAUCAUGUGAAUAUGGUUUAUCUAAAAUAUUAAUUUUAUCAAAUAAUCAAGAGCAAAAGACAUUCAGACCUGUUUAUUAGCAACAGUAGAACAUUAUAGACAAGGAGAAAUGUAAACAAAUCUAACAAACUAUUAAAUUAGCCAAUUAUUUAAACUACAGAUAAAUUAUGUUUUUCUGCAUUUCAUUUAUGAAACAGUUUCUCUGUGAUGUGAAGCACAGAUGUAGCAAACUGAUGGCAUCUUAUUUAUAUGAAGACCAGCUCUGUUAGCAUUAGCUCUGUUAGCACUAGCUUGGAUAGCGCUGGCUCUGUUAGCGUUAGCUGUGAUGGUGUAACUCUGUUAAAACCAGCAGACUGAUUUUAGUCAUAAUCAAUAAUUAAGGUUUAAUGUGUUCACAAACAUAAAUGAUUAAAUGAAAAUAAACACCAUGUUUUAUUUUAUCUGAGAUUGUUAGCAUUUAACUCAACUAGCUUAAUGCUAAUAGCUUGUUUUAGCAGGACAAAGUGACACAAAUUCAUUUUCAUUUUAAACAUCUUCAGUUAUAAAACACCCGGAAGUUAUUACAGUUUAAAACAGCACAAUGUAUUAUUUUUGGCACAAAUUAACCGUAAUGAAGGAGAUCAGUGUGUUUAUCUGACUGACAUAUGAUUCAUAACGCUUAAAAUAAUCAUGUUUAGUUACAAAUAUUUAAAGCAUUUAUGACAAAUACUUGGAUAAAGUAAAGUUUUCUGUUUGUUCUGGUAAAUAUUCAUAAUUUUGCUGAAUCCAUGUUUUAGUUUCCAGACUUAUUAAAGGUUUGGGUUCUGGACUCGACUGGAUGCUGAAUGUUAACGACAAGGAGAACAUUAAAAACAUUAAGAACGUUAAAAACAUUAAAAACAUUCAGAACGUUAAAAACAUUCCUCUGCUGUUUGGGUUUCUAUCAGUGUUUUCUACAGCUUUUUGUAUGUUGAACUUCUCACAGGACUGUGUGUGUGUGUGUGUGUGUCGUGUGUGUGUGUGUGUCUGUGUGUGCGUGUGUGUCAGUGUGUGUGUGUGUGUCUCUCUCUGUGUGUGUGUGUCUCUGUGUGUGUGUGUGUGUGUGUGUGUGUGUGUGUGUGUGUGUGUGUGUAUGUGUCUCUGUGUGUGUGUCUGUGGGGGUGUGUGUCUCUGUGUGUGUGUGUGUCUCUGUGUGUGUGUGUGUCUCUGUGUGUGUGUGUGUGUGUGUCUCUGUGUGUGUGUCUCUGUGUGUGUGUGUGUGUGUGUGUGUGUCUCUGUG